UUUAUCAACAAAAACUACACUGCGGCUAGAAAAUGGAAAGCGCUUCGGCCGAAAUAUCGAAUAUUUGCAGAUUUUGUCUGUGCCAGAAUGAGAAACUGCUCAUCCCGGUGCGGAAAACGCUAAAUUCUUCACUCGACCUGGACGACUUGGCACGGUUCACCGGUAUCGAGAUUAGCACGGAGCACUCUGCCCUGUACGUGAUGUGUCUCGAGUGCACCAGCAGGCUUAAAAAAUCGGCCGAUUUUCGGAACUCGUGCAUCAGCAAUGACGCCCUCUUCCGGGAGCUGUUUUCCCUCCACAGUGCCGAGCAGCCGGGCGAAGUCGAGUUCGUCGACGACAGUCCCGCGCAUAUCGCCAAGACGGAAGCGUUUGAGAUUGAAUUUGUCCUGCCGCAACACGACGAACAGACAACCACCGAUUACGAACAGUCCGAGGAGGGGCAGGAACAGGAAGAGCGGCUCGAUUCCGGUGCAUCGGACGGCAGGGAACAGGCCGAAACGGCCAGCUGGGAACAGUGUGUCGAUAGUGUGAUGACAAUGAAAGCGGAGAGUUUCAGCGAAGAGGAGGAGUACAUUGACCAACCGUCGCCAUCGACGAGCGAGCGGAAAACGAAAGCUGUUUCCCGGCCGCACGGCACCAAACCAACACGCACGGGCAACCGCGCCAAGCAGCUGUGCGGGACGUGCGGCAAGCUGGUGAACAAUUUACCACGCCACAUACAGAGCCACAGACAGGACGCGAAACGAGCGUGCCCUCACUGUCCCGUGGAAAUGGUCGAUCAUUCGAAUCUUCUGCGGCACAUCGAAGCGGUCCAUCUGAAGAAGAUAGUGAAGACGUGCGAACUGUGUGGCAAAGGGUUUACGCACAACAAUACCUACAAAUCGCACAUGCGUUCCCACCACGGUAUAGGCGAUACGCACAAAUGUAACGUUUGUGAGAAGGAAUUCAAUCACCCAGGAGGCUUAAGGGAUCACUUUAAGCGGUUCCAUAGCGAUGAGUACAACUUCAAAUGUGCUUUAUGCGGGAAACAAUUUAAACUGAAACAAGAACUCAAAGUGCACGAAAGAGUGCACUCCACCGAUCAGCCCUACGCCUGUAGCCAGUGUCCAAAGCGCUUUAAAAGUGGAUUCGCUAGAAAAACGCACGAACUGACGCACUAUGGCAUUGUUUUCGGCUGUAGGAUUUGUAAAAAGUCGUACCGAUACAAAUCGCUUCUCACGAUGCACAUGAAAAAGAUGCACCCAGAAGAGACGGCAAAGGAUGAAGAUGCGGUCAAACUAGAGGGCCAAUAGAAUGACAUUGCGAUCUGGCCAAAUAUUCUGCCGCAAACCUAGGUGUUUGCUUUUCCAAUAUUUUUAAUGCCAAUUGACACUACUAAAAUUCAAAUUAAACUUUCAUUUAGUUGUUUCUCUGUUAGCUUUUGCGUUCAAAAUUGUGUUUUUUUUGUGAAGAUCGAAGAAGAAGAAUUAAUUAUGUAGUUCAUUCAACAUACUCUGCGAAUCAACCAUACGCUUUUUCCCACAUUUUUCUAGUAGCGACACAGGUUCCGCAAGAAUCUACUAGGUUCGUUUAAAAUAUACGAUCGGAGCUAUGUUCUCAAUGUUGUACCUGGCUACUGUAGGCUUACUGUACAAAUGUCUUUACUCAAUGGACUUGGAGCAAUGCCUGUUUUGGUUUGUUUUAACACAUUAUCUGUUGAAACACGAAUCGACUCCGGUGCUGCUUAGUUUAGAACCGAAAAUUGUAAAAAAUGAACUAAUCACGUUGUCCAUUUUAAACUGUAAAAGAGUCGAAUUGAUAUUUCUGAUGACGUCCGGCAUUCGAUGAAAAUGAUGACUGUCCGAUGCAUUUAGAGUUAAAA